CACCUUUCCUGUAAUAUGGAAAGUAAUAAAAGUCAUGUGAAGGAGUGAAGCAAGCAUGAAUCUAAUGGUAUGAGCUCAUGCUUAUGCGAGCAGGGGUAGCUUUUAGGAUUACCCUUCAUAUAUGUUUCUUUGUAUGCAUUUUUUUUUUUUUUUUUGGAUAUGUUUCUUUGUAUUCUGAUGUCAAAUAUAGAAGUAUAGAUAGCAUCGUGUUCUUACUUCAGCAGUUUUGUCUAUGCAAAGACAUGAAAAACAAAGGCCUAGACUAAUAAUUCUUUUUUUUUUUUUUUUCUAGGCAGUUUGACUAAAUAUUCCCACACAUGCUAAAUGUUUUAUUCCUUGUGACAGGCCUACAGGAAGAUGUCGACUUCAGAUAAGAUUGCUGCCGACUGGCCACGAACACUACACGUUGAUCAGCUUGUAUCUCAACACCAUAUCAAUAACAUCCCAUAUGAUGGCGAAGUAGAAUACUUAAUCAUUGAGGCAAUGCAUCAUCGCAGAAAAUUUGACGAACUGAAAGAGAAGAGGCUUUGUGCAUAUAUUAAGCUGCCACCACAAACAUUGUUACUCACUGUUUCCACCAACAGUAUGCGCUUCAUUGGAACGCUUUAUCUUGAGGGAUUUCCUCUAUAUAAGCACCAAAUAUACAUCCCCUAGCAGCAUCCAUAGAAGCAAGAAGUGCAAAAUCAGCCAGAGCAGAUCCUUGGAGAGUAUGUGAAAUAUGCAUAGUUUGUCUUCAGCUUUCUCAGGACAUCAUCUUCUGAUGAAAAACUUGAUCGAGUUAUGGACCUUGUAGCAAAAAGAAAGUCUUUACUUUAAAAGAUUAUUUCCAUUAAUUACCUCAAUUAUGAGGAAGGAAAUUA